UUCGUAUGCACCAAACGCUCCAUGGUCUAAUAACACGUUGCGACAGAGGCUCGAUCACCAUUAGUAAACUGCUAAUGACGCGGUACAAACAUUUCGCACAAAAGACCGAUAUAAAAUCAACGUUACGGUGCGGUGUGCGAUCCAGAAACUGUUGCGCGUACGCUGAAUAUUUCGAAACUCGCUAGGUGUAACGUCUCCUUAAAGAAGUAGCGAUUACACGUUGCGAGCAAAGUAUGCGAACGUGGUUCGCGCGUUACUUAAAUCAGAUAUACGAUAAAAGUCGACGAUUAAUUUACAUGGAACCUGAUUAAUGAAACGUAGGAUUCUAUAUCAUUGCCAAGGGGUCAGCUUUUGUUCAAUGGACGGAAAACGAAAUGAGAUCAGGUUUUGAAGGAAAAAGAAAUACCUACAGGGCUUCUGAGCAAUUCUUUUCCGUAAGAGCCGAAAUACGGGAAGCACGUGAACCGGAUUCGAGAAUAUUUCUCCCGGAGGGGUGCCAGCAAUACCAGUUCCAGUUCCAACUACCCUCUGACAUCCCCAGCAGCUUCGAACACGAGCAUGGCUAUAUCAGAUACACGGUGAAAGUCAUAAUCGACAGGCCCUGGAAGUUCGAUCACGAAUGCAAGAUCGCAUUCACCGUUGUCUCCGUUAUCGAUCUGAACAUGCACCGACACAGAUGCUUGGGAAUCCACGAAGAAAUUCGGAAAAACUUCUUCUGCUGCUGCUUCGGCCUAGGCUCGAUGAACACAAGCAUCCGGGUGCCUUCCUCUGGGUACGUUCCAGAUCAGAUGAUCAGCGCGUCGGUGAAUUACAAGAAUGCUUCUUCCGAAGUUGGUAUAACGAAGAUCGAACUGAAAUUGGAACGAGUGCUCAAGCUUCGCGCGACAACCAAAACGAAGACCGAAUACUUCAAAAUUAUAUCCUCUUCGUAUACAGGACCUUUUACGCCGGAACGAGUCAUUACUCUGGAAAUAAGGGUGCCGCCGAUCCUGCCAUCCCACCAACCGUUUUGUAGUAUUAUUAAUUUGGAUUACUGCUUGAAGGUGGUUGUCUACUUCACGGGCACGCACCUCAAACUUCAGAGAAGUUACCCCCUCCUAAUCGGAACAAUUCCACUGUAUUGCGAGCCCAGUGCACCAGCUAUUCAGCAGAUGAAUGCCAUGCCAUAUCCCACGGAACAACCUGCAACAUCGAGUACAAUGUCAAUGCCAGAAACACCACAGCCUAGCACUAGCACUGCUAAUUCUUUGGACCAUGCUAAUUCUUCCGCAAACUGGAACAUACCUCCCCCAUCUUAUAAAGAGUGCAUGCUAGGAGCUCAGAACAUUCCAGAUGACGACGAGUCCGUCUACGUACCCAAGUACCCUGUGUUCAACUAUCUACCACCAAGUGCUCCAUGAAUGAAGAAAUAGGAAAAAAGUUUUCGUCGAAACUGCAGGAUACUCUGAACCACGUAUAUUUGAAUGAACGAUUAUUAUUUAUAUGAACUUAUAGCUACAGGUGUGACCUACUUAUACCUACUUAUACCUACUUAUACAUCGACAGACCUAUUAUUUCGGUGCAAAUUAGAUACAACUUUAUAUACAAUUUUGUAUACAUAUACAAUUGUUUACGCAUAA